AUGCCGACGGUGUCCAGCACAGAACAAGGAGCCAGGCCGAGGGCUCUUCCUGGGGACAGCGAGGAUGGGAGAGGGCCCGGAGCACGUGUGGGGAAAUCUGCACUUCGCAAGAAGCGCGGGGAAGAUCAAUAUGAACAGGAGGACUUUGUGAUUAAGUCCAGUGACAAUCUUGUACUUUGUGGCAGAGUUGAUAAAGAUUACUGUAGUUUAGAGGUUCAUGGAAAUUAUGUUGCAGUGGGAAACAUGACCCCAGUUAUUGAUAUUUGGGACCUUGAUAUAGUGGACUCUCUAGAGCCAGUCUUUUCCCUUGGAAGCAAGAAAGAGAAAAAGAAGAAAAAGAAAGGAAAAAAAGGUUUAUCUACAGAGGGGACAGCAGAAGGACACACAGACGCUGUGCUUGACCUCUCUUGGAAUAAACAAAGCAGGAACGUGUUAGCAAGUGCAUCUGCUGACAAUACUGUAAUUCUGUGGGAUAUGUCUGUGGGAAAGCCAGCAGCCAGCCUGACGUUACACACAGACAAGGUUCAGACAUUGCAGUUUCAUCCAUUUGAAACUCAGACCCUUAUUUCUGGAUCUUAUGAUAAGUAAGCAAGGGUAGUGUUUUCAAAUGUUAUCCUGAGGGCGG